UGAGGAUACUGUAGACACCCGGUUGCGGUGGCAGGCGGCGGCUCGAGAACGGACCGGAGACGGAAAGGAGCCAUGGAGGACUCGGAGCCCGCAGAGGACGGCUUGCUCGCGGGCUUGCGAUGGAACCGGAGCACACGGGACCAGGCGCAGCUGAAACACAAGAUACGGGAUCUGCCAGGGCUGCUCAAGCACGGGCUGCACCUGCGGAAGAAGAGCCAAUCACCUGACACGAUCCCCGGACCAAGCACUGGACCUACAGUACACAAGUCAUGUUCCCAGAGUUUUCCAUGUGCUGGUCGGGCUGUGAGGAAUGCCUUCCUCUCUCAUGGACCAUACCCGGCUAAAGACAAGAUACACCUGGCCAGAAUCAUACGGCGCAGCUACGUGGGCGUGGAGCUGGUGCAGUGGCUGUGUGAGCAGUGUGUGUACGUGCGCUGCCGGACCACUGCUGUGCGCGUCUGGCAGGUGCUGCUGGAGCUGGGAGUCCUGCUGUCUGUGGACCAGCGGGUGAUGUUUUCAGAUUCCAACUCUUAUUACCAGUUCAGCUUUGAGGAGUGUGACUCCGCCUCCUGUGACUUUCGCUCCAAUGAGGGGGAGUGGUCAGAGGCGGUUAGGCUCCUCCUUCAACUCGCCCCAUACAUCCAGUUUCGCUCUGGAGGCGGGGCCAACAGCCCGUCAGAGGAGGACUCUGAAGGCAACAGGGACAUCUGCAGUGAGAUUCUCCAGAUGAAAGCUCUUGAGAGGCUCACUUCUACGGUACAAAGUGAGUUGGCUGCUGCUCUCGCCCGAAAGACUCGCAAAGCUUUGUCAGAGCAGGACUCUGAGACGACGGAGACGAGCCAACAGGAACCUCAGACACCCAGCGAGGAGAGCAGCCCGCUGAGCGGGGUGUGUGCGCUGCGGGAUGGCGGCGGCAGCGGCGGCGGCGGUGGUGGCGGCGGCGGGGGAGGAAUGGGGACCGUGUGCGGGCGUGAGGAGCUGACCAGCCGGCUGGGGCUGGAGGCCGUUCAGCGGCUGGCCAAGGACGGCUGUCGACUGCUGCAGAACCACAACUACCGGCUGCCUGAAAGAAACCAGGCGGAGGCGGUGGGGAGGGUUUGUCUGAAGGAGAGAGGACGGGACGUGUUGGUGUUGCGGAGAGUGACAUCAUCAGUGACGUCACCGUCGGACCGUCCCUCACCCACGUCGUCGGGGGGCGGAUCCAGAGAGGAGGACUGCGACAAGAGGUAUGUGGUGGUGUCGGGGACACCGCUCAAGAUCUUGGAGCAUCUGCUAAGUGACCUGCGGUUGGACGACCAAAGAGGCGCGCAAGAGAGCAGGGAGAGUGAAACACUGCUGGAUGACUUCCUGUUGACCUACCUGGUGUUCAUGUCCACCAAUGACCUCUGUCAGGCUCUGCUUGGACACUAUAGCAGCGCCCGCUGCAGGGGCCAGGAGGAGGGCAAAGACGCCCUCUUCAGGAAGCGCAAAGUACUGCAGCUGGUCUCCCACUGGAGCCGGCUCUACAAGGACUUCCUGAAGGAAGAGGAGCACGUCAGGAGCUUCAUGAAGACCUUGUACAGGUGUGUUUUAGAAGACCUGUAUGAGUUCCCCACACUGGAGAAAGACCUGAAGGAGUUCCAGAAACUUCUGCGUCGCAGACACACCGUCGAUGACUGUCCUCCAAGCCAAAAGAGUAAACAAAUGUAUCAGCAGUCGAGUUUGAAGGAAAACUCUUUGCAACUCAGAAGUCCAGCGACUGAUACUAGAGAGGUCAUUUGUUGCGUGCAUGUGAGCGCUGACUCCUACCUGAGUGUCCACGCACACCCCUCACUGGAGGCCCACGAGCUGCUAAGAAUUGUGGCUCUGAAGGCGGACAGAGCAGAAGAAGACAUGGUGCUUGCUGUGGCGAUGCACACUGGAGAGCGGAGAGUGUUACAGCCCAGUGACUGUGCGUAUUCAGAGUCUAUGACCCCACAGGGAAAGCUUGUGGCUUGUCGCCGGGAUCUCACUGAGAUUCUGCAUCCUUUAACGGACAGCGCUGAGCUAAGCAGGAGGCCGGUGCGACUCCUAGGUAUUAACACCUGGGAUGUGGCAGCUGCUCUCACACACCUGGACUGGAGCCUCUUCAAAUCCAUCCACGAGCAAGAGCUGGCUUACUACACCCUCAGCCGUAUUCCUGGUACCGGCCACACGGCGGCGCUCUCAGUGCUGCUCCAGCGCUGUAACGAGGUCCAGCAGUGGGUCAUGUCCGAGGUGCUCAUGUGUGUGUCGCUCAACAAGAGAGUACAGCUGCUCAAGAAGUUCAUCAAGAUCGCAGCUCAUUGUAAAGCCCAAAGAAAUUUGAAUUCUGCAUUUGCCAUCAUCAUGGGCUUAAACACAGCAUCUGUCAGCCGACUCAACCAAACCUGGGAGAAAUGUCCGGGGAAGUUCAAGAAGCUUUUCUCAGAGUUGGAGCUCAUCACGGAUCCAUCUUUGAACCACAAAGCCUAUAGGGAAGCCUUCAAGAAGAUGAAACCUCCCAAGAUCCCUUUCAUGCCUCUUCUCCUGAAAGAUAUCACAUUCAUCCACGAGGGAAAUAAGACCUUCCACGACAACCUGGUCAACUUUGAGAAGCUGCAUAUGAUCGCAGACACAGUGAGAAUGAUUCGCCACUGCCAAAGCGACCAGCCGGGCAACGAGGUAAUCGGGGUCGACAGUGCGGAGGUGAGGGCGAGCGUUCAUUACCUGCACAUUAUCGACAAUCAACAGACGCUUUUCGAGCUGUCGCACAAGCUCGAGCCACGUGCUUAAAGACAGACACACACAUACCCUCAUAGACGCACAAAACACACUGGACACAGUGGAAAAUGCUAGCACCGAGUACGUGUGACAUGGAGAAGUCCACACACUGACGACACACACACACAGCAACAAAGUCACACCACCAGCCGGGCGUGCCAAGUGGACAAUAAGGUGCCAUCACCAUGAAGACAGAGCUGCACUCUGCCUGUUCUCUAAAGGCUUUACAACACUUAUCCUGUGUUUAUAAAAGAUAUAUAUAUAUGGUCAAAAGAUUUAAGUCCGUACACGCUUCGUGAAGAGAUGCAGCAGCGAGGCGGAGAGUGCCAAACUGGGACGGAGAGAAAAGGAGGUUGUAAUUCGUUUGUACAGUAUCUAUUGGACUGAAUAGUUUUGUUAUUGUGAUAAGCUUUUGUUUAUUUAUGGGCCUGGUGGAAUGUUUCUUUAUUUCUGUCUUUUAAGUCUCGCCCCCCCCCCCUCCCGGAGGCCAACAAGGACUUGACCGCCUCUUCAUCAGUUACAGACACACAACAAUCUUUAGAGCAGUUAGAUGUGUUUAUUACCUGAUGGCCACAAUCUGCCCCAUCACUGGUCUCACAUAAUUUCAUCUGCAUAUCAAACACCUGCCUCGUGAUGCAUGCACACAUCCAGGACACAUGCCAUAGUUAUUUAGGUGUAUGAUGUGGAGCUUUUUUCUGGUUAAUGUGUUCGUAGCAUAUUAUGUAAAACAAGCAGCAACCAGGGCCGAAGCAGUUCAACACUUUAACAUACCCACAUGUUUUAACCUUCUCUCACUGAGGCUUUUUACCGAAAUAAAUGUGCAGCCUCAGUGAGUGACAAAAGGUGCGACGUCGACAGUGUCUGGCAUUUGAAGGAGGCUUUGUGGGAGGUUUUUUAUUGACUGACUGUGCUGUUGGAAACGCUCGAGCUCUCCUGAACGUGCCAGAGUUCAUAAACUGCUGAUAAAUAGUGAAUGGUUUUUGGUUCUCCUUUACGUUUUAGAGUCCUGGUUGACGCUCCUCGUGCACUCUUAUCUAUGAUGUUUUUGUGUGAAGCGAUAAGGAUCAUUUUACAUUGUAUAUAAUAUGGACCUAUAUAUUUUCCAGUGCCAAAUGUCACACUGAGUCCUGCAGCAUAGAUGUACUGUAGAUCUCUUGGUUUGUUUAGCAGUCUGUGUUUGUUUGUUUUUACCACAGGAUUUGAUUUCCUUCACUGAGCCCUGCAGUCACGUCUGAUCUGUGAUCAUGUAAAACAGAUCAGACUGCUCGCAGAGAUGCUUUCUGACAUUAUGACGACUGAUUUCAGGGUCUGUGAUGUUGCUAUGGAAACACAGCCUCAUCACCGAGCUAUUUGUCUUUUCUUAUCAACAGAUAAGUUAAGCACCACAUACCUUUGAGAAGACAUAGCUUCAUUCACGAAAAUCAUGUUCAUGAGGAGAUUCAUGGUCAUUCUUACUGACUGAAAAUAUCACUUCAUUCAGAAGUGGUCUUGUGUAAACCAUCUGUCAAAACCAACACAGGGUGUGGACAGAAUAAUGGAAGCACAAGGGCACAGGCCGUUAUAGUAAGACUGUCUCUUCGGAGUUUUACAGCUUUGGUUCACCAAAUAUUUCACUCUUAACAUCCUUUCUGAACCAAACAGAUCCUCAAAACAGCUUCCCAUUGAUAUUGCCAUGACACGUGUAAACACAUCUAUUUGUUAUUCAAAUGACUGAGGGACCAGUCUGUAGUCACCAGAAAAGAAGACGCUCCCUCUAAACCCACAACAUCCCAUCUGGCAGACCCUGUUUGUGUUAUUUUGUCCUGUAUAUGUUCGUGCACAGACCAGUGGUACAUUUUUGCUGAGUAGGAGGAAACAUCCAAAGGCAAGAUAAAUCCUGAAUGUUUUGUAGCAGUGCAUGUCCUGCAUUGUUUGGAUAGUUAUAAGUGCAAUACAGUGGAAAUGUCACCGUUUCAACACUAAGCCUUUCAGACCACAUAUAGCUGCUUUCUUCUGCAGAUCAUAAUGAAUCAAAUGGACGAGGGAGGACUGGGAUCUCCCAAACAGCUUUAGCGCCAAAAACAUCGUUGGGACCAUUUAAAAGAAAAAGAUCAGAGAUGAUCUCAAGACUCACUUCUAAAUAUAAUCAGUGUGUUAUGAGCAGCGUAGCCACUGUGCUGUAAAAACAGACUCUAACCUGUUGCCACCAACACAUCUGAUGCUCUGACCAUGAAUGUGGAGCCAGUUUUGUGGACACUGUUGUGUUCAACCAAAUUGAUUAAUACAUUGAAAAAGUACUUGGGUCAUUUAAGUAUUUGAUUUUAUGUGGAUGUAGGAUUAAGUGUUACAUGUGAAUCUUGGAGAUUGUUUCCCUCCAGGAGUUACUCAAAUCCACAAAUAUUUCAUAAACCAUUGAAGAUUAUAAGAAUAACAUUCAUUUUAAAAAAUGGUGGAUUUCCCUCUUUAAAGGGAGACUAUGUAACAUUUGCUAUACGUCUAAGUUUUGCUAACGGUAGCCACCAUCGGUUAUACCAGACCAAGUGAGGCUGGACUGCAGCAAAACCCCCGAGUGUGUUGACUUGAGCAACAAGUUGUUUCAUUGCUUGUAAGGUGCAUCGUCUCAUUUUGAAGAUGCUUUCUGUGAAACCAAGUCAGCGACUCUUAGGCUGCUCGAGCUGAUGAGUCAGAGCCAUGGUCUGUUGGUAUUCAGUGUCAUACAAAGGCCUUGUGGUAGUCAUUUUUACCAUUAACCUGUACAUGACGCACACAUGCACAAAUACACCUCUGCUCAUUGUGUUUAAAGAGCAGUAUAAUUGUGCUAUAUUACUUAUUUAUUGUAAUAUAUUGUUUAUUUAUGUAUUUUUGAGGUGACAAAAGGUCAUGUGCCAUGUUUAGAGGUUCAACAAUGUGUCGGUUCAUUCUUGAGAAGACAAGUCUGUGGUUUGAAGCUGCAACGCUGGAAUGUAAAAGUACUUGUAGUUCUGUUUUUCUUCUCUUUCCUCUGGAGUCAGAUGCUGUAGCGGACAGGAAACCAACAGGAAGGUGUAUUUAGUGUUUUAUCGGCCGUAGUCAUGACUGUAAAGUUACGUUUUUUUAAAGCAAUGUUUAGAACCUGUUUGCAUGUUAAAACAAAAAACACAAAGUUCACAAUGCAAGAUAGGACACAUUGAAGGCUUUGUACUAUUGUAAUAUUGUUGAUGUGUACAUAUAUGCCCAUGUUUGGUAUGUUGUUAUUAUUUAUCAGUUGUAAAUGAAAAAUUGGUCAGUCUCAAAGCAAUACGUCUCCCCUCGUGUCCCCUCAACCUUCUGACAGCUGAAGCCACAUGUCUUUUCUAAAGCAGCGUUUUACUAUGUCAACAUUUGACUGAAAUUAAUAAAUUAUAGGUUUUAUGUGA